CCCUUCUGAAUUUCCUUCGUUACCCCCUGCUUCUAUUAAAGCCAGAGACAUCCAACAUUCCAUCGCCUUGAAGUAGAAGAGACAACAACGUUCGACACAAGUACUCGGUUAGAGUGUCGGCCAAGACGAAGCAUACGUGUUGUUUGCGAAAGUUGAUCUUGCAGAAUCAGCAGCCCAAUAAAAAGAAAGAAAUGGAUGCCCAAAACGAUGUUAACCGGGGAGAAUUCACGUGGAAAAUUAGCUACUUCAGUGAGCAGGAUGCGAACAAGCUUUACUCUGAAGCAUUCACAGUGUCUGGUUGUAAAUGGAGGAUUCUGGUAUUCCCCAAGGGGAAUAACACGGACCAUCUGUCGCUGUACCUCGAUGUCCCCGAUUCUGCGAUGUUGCCCAACGGGUGGACCAGAAAAGCCAAGUUCAGCUUGAGUGUGAUCGAUCAAAUCAAUAAUGGUCGCUCUAUUAGAAAGGGGACGCAACAUGUUUUCACUGCAACACAGAUUGACCGGGGUUAUCCGAGUUUCAUUCCAUUGACUGAUCUUCAUAAUCGUACUGGGGGAUACCUAGUAAACGAUACUUUGGUGAUUAAAGCCGAAGUUUGCAUCUUAAGAGUUACUCCUCCGGUAAAUAUUCAGCCAGCUAGACCAACCGAUGGCUUUGACUUCUAUUUUACUGGUCUGGAGGAACUCAUCAAUGCUGCUGAGACUAAUGGUGUUAAUGUAGGAUCAAGUUGGGGCCACCAAAAGGGUGCUUUGACGGCUAAAAUUCCUAGCUUAGAAGAAGUUAGGAAGGCUAAGCAGUCUUUGAAGGAAUGCCUUUCGGAUCUCUUUAAAUUGAAUAUGAAAGAGAGGCUAUGGGAUGCACUAUCAACUUUAAGCUCAGCCAGAACUGGAUUAUCGUCGGAGCAACACAUAGCAAUUGAGAAAUUUCGGGAAAAUUUCAAUGAUUUCACUUCCGACUUCUUAACAUUUGAGCAGGACAACGCUGAGUUUGAGCUGGAAAAGUUGCAAAGGGAUCAAUGGUUCUCUGCUAUGACGAAGUGCCAUGAGGCUCACAUCUUUUGUAAGAAGUUGAUGGGUGACCUCGUCAAGGAAGAGGAAGAACUCAAGAGAAAAUUGGAGGGAGUGAAGUCCAGGAGCGACAAGCUCCUCUCAGACUGGGAGAUCGUGCGGGUCAAGUCCGAAGAGGCGAAGUUGGGCUAUGAAGAUAAGCAGAAGAAAGUAGCUGAGGCUGAGGAAAAGAAGAGAAUAGCCGAGGAAAGAAUGUCUAGAUCAACUACUGCUUGGUCAAAUUUGAAGACUCAAUUCUGUUAAAACACUAAGGUUUGAAAUAGGCCAUGAGGCAAUUGUUCACUUAAGUAUGAAAACUGUGUGUUAGCUUGACUGCUUUUGGUCAAUUUUCGCAAGAACGAUUGCAAGGGGCUUAUGUGGUAGAUCCUACAUUGUGUUAGUUUAGUCAGCAUGUGGGUGAAAUCUAUACAUACUUAUGUAUGUCUAAAUAGUCUGUUUUUGAUGUCUUCAUAUGAAUAGCAUGGUCGUCGUGCUUUUUGCUCUCGGAGCUUGAAAA